AUGGUGAACGAGAGCUCUUCUGUUUAGGUUGUGGCUACCUGAGGCUUGUAUUGGUGGACAGAUGACGGCCGAGAACAAGCUCCGAUGAACCUGAAGCUCUGAGAGGAACACGAAGGAGGAGAAGAAGAUGGUGAGCAGUAAAGCCUUGGCCCGCUGCGGGCUGGUGCUGCUCAGUUUGUGGUUGUGUAUCCACUCGGUACCUAUCAGUGUGGAGCAGGCCAAGGACAAGCCAGAGGUGGAGGAGUUGGAGCCACCCCAAAGUGCUGACACCGGCCUGCACUAUGACCGCUACCUCAGGGAAGUCAUAGAGUACCUUGAAAAAGACCCCCACUUUAGAGAAAAGCUGAAGAACGCCAACAUGGAUGACAUCAAGCAAGGGAAGCUUUCCAAGGAGUUGGACUUUGUUCAACACAACUUUCGAACUAAGCUGGACGAGCUGAAGAGGGAGGAGAUGAACAGGCUGCGGAUGCUGAUCAAAGCCAAACACGACCUCCUCCAGGAGGGGAAUGGAAACACUCUGGACCAUCAGGCCCUGCUGAAGCAGUUUGAGCACCUCAACCACAUGAACCCACACACUUUUGAGGUGGAGGACCUGGAUCGCCUUAUCCAGUCGGCAACCAAGGAUCUGGAAAACUAUGAUAAGGAACGCCACGACGAGUUCAAGAGGUACGAGAUAAUGAAGGAGCAUGAGAGGAGGGAGCGCCUGAAAACGAUGAAUGAGGAGGAUCGGAGGAAGGAGGAGCAGCAUUAUGAGGAGUUAAAGAAGAAACAUGCCAACCAUCCCAAAGUUAACCACCCUGGCAGUGAGGACCAGCUGAAAGAGGUGUGGCAGGAAGCAGACGGUUUGGACCCAGAAGACUUUGAGCCUAAAACUUUCUUCAAAAUGCAUGACAGCAAUGGAGACGGAUUCCUGGACGAAAGUGAACUGGAAGCUCUCUUCACAAAAGAGCUGGAGAAGGUGUACAAUCCUGCGAACGAGGAGGACGACAUGGUGGAGAUGGAGGAGGAGAGGCUGAGGAUGAGGGAGCAUGUGAUGAAUGAGGUGGACACCAACAAGGACAGGCUUGUGUCCCUGAAUGAGUUCCUGGCAGCAACCCAGAAGGAGGAAUUCCACGAAAAAGAGGAGUGGGAGACUUUAGAUCAAAACCCCAUUUACACUGAGGAGGAGUUGAGGGAGUACGAGCGGCAGCUGGCCACAGAAGAGAACAGCAUCAACAUGAAGGCAGUGGAGCUGCAGAAACAGAGGGAGGACCUGGAGAGAAAACAGGAAGAACUGAAUGCUCAGAAGUUGGACUUAAAGCAGGCAAUGGAAGAAGUGGAAAGGAUUAAAACCCAAAGUUAUAAAGAUGAAGUGAAACAGCCUGGGGGCCCGAUAGCAGACGGUGGAACGGCACCAGUCGUACCAGGGAACAACCAACCACUGCCACCUGGUCACCAGCAACAGGAAGUACCGCUGCCUGGACACUCCUAGGCCCCCCAUCACCAUGCCUUCUAGGAGUGAAAGUCUCAGCAUUUUCUUUUAGUGAACCAAUUUUCUGGUUAGAUUUCCAAAAUUAUCUCUGAUGAAAGGAAAAGCAAAAGCAGCCAAAGCAUUAGAAGCCCAUGAAGGAAGCUGAAUCAGGGCUCAGGUUUAGUGCCAGUGCCAACUUUCCCCUUUCCGGGGCCAAAUCAGCUAAAUGAGCCAGGCUUUUCUGCACGAACAAUCGGUUAUUUUGUUUCAGUUAUUACAAACUUCCAUCACAAAGAGAACUCUGAAUCCUCUGUGGGAAAAUCCCGGUGUUGAAGCACGGGAUAAAUUAUUGUUUGGUUUUGUGGACUGAGGUUUGUUUAUAAAAUAAAUCAUCUACAGCUGAGACUGGACACAUAUUUUGUAAUUAGAAGAUAAUCCUGAGAAAAGUGAAUGUCAGUAAAACAUUUUUUUUGGUUGAAGUUAUGUCACUUACUUCCUGUUUUAAAUGUACCCUUUUUAGUUUUGGAUCCAUGGUGUCCUCUGCACUGGAUGAUUGAAAAAAAAAUCAUCAUUCCUGCGCUGUAUAUUUAAUUUGAACAUUUUAAACUGUGAUUCAGUUCCAUGUGUUUAGUAUAUCAAUACUCAGUUUGUGUUUUGUUCAUGAUAAUUAAUUUAUUCUCAAAUCUACUGGAAAAUAACCUGUAGAAGUUUAACAAGAUAGGUGAGGACUGUGUGAGUUGACUCUCAGGGGACAGAUUGUUCUUUUUAUUUUUUUUUAUCCUUAAUUUAAUUUUGAUCAUGGAAAUAGUUCAGCUAAAAUAUAAGCCUGUUCACUCUGUUUUAUUUUUCCAGUCAGAAGUCUCCUGUGGAAUGGCAUCAUUCUGUACAUUGUUUGACUGUUGCUAAUUAAAUGAAUGAUCUUGCAAGUGUAA